AACGAAGCAGUCGAGUCUGACCGUGGAACUACAAUCAAAACUGGGACGGAAGUGAUGUAAUGAAAGGUCACAGUUCAUUUUGUGUCAACACAUGUGCGUCCCCGUUAGCCACGCGUUUCGAGGUAGAAAAGUGUUCAUUUCAGUGGUUUGCGAGAACUUAUAAACAUAAAAAUGCCAAGAGACAUAUCAUCUUCAUCGAGCGAAGACGAAGCGGACACUCCUGCUACAAAAGCACCUGUAAAGCAAAAAGAACCCGAUAAGAAGACUUCCAGGCACCAGUGUCCUGCUGACUUUGUGUCUUUCUGCCAUAAGCCCUGCAGCAGCACUGUAACAGAGAGUCUGAAGAACAACAAGAAUGAGUUAUGGCUCAUUAAAACUCCUGCCAGCUUUAAUCCAGAAUGUUUCAGUGGCAUCAAGGUUCCCCUCUCAGGUCUCCAGACCCUGAAAGUUUCCCCUGCUGCAGGUGGAGCCAAGGCCAGGAGUGGCCAGCAGAUCUACAGCAUCCUAGCGUCCUCCCAUGGUACAUCAGAGCUCCGCUUGCUCACCAGCGAUAAGCAGUCGUCAGAUGGCGUCGUUUUUGGUCCUACUUUUUCAGGUCUGCUAAAUGUGUGUGAGAGCUACGGAGACAGCAGUGCCAACCAGGCCCCUCAGGUCAUCCCUGCUGCUCCAGCACCGUCCGUACCACUGGGGCUGAAACAGCGAUUCCACCCCUUUGGCAGUAAGACCCCCACGAUGACUUGCGAGGCAGAGAACGAGUUGGAUGGAGCUGCUUUCGGGCCCUCGUCUACAACCCGUCGCCCCCUGGUUGUCAAACGAUUCAUAGAAGAAGCAGAGCACGAGGAAGAGGAAGGGAGGAAAAAGAAGAAAAAGAAAAAGAAAGAAAAGCGAGUAAAGACAGAGCGAGAGGAGGUGGAGGAGGGGGUAAGAGUGAAAGAGGAACCUGCAGCUGAAAUUCAGGACGAAGUGAAGAUGGAACUCUCCUUCCAGGAGGGCGAUAUUUCAGAGCAGAAGAGGAAGAAAAAGAAGAAAAAGAAGGACAGUGAGCGAGAGGAGGUGGAGGAGGGAGUGGAGCCCAGUGUGAGGGUGAAGGUGGAGGAGGUAAAUGUGAAAUGUGAACCAAUAGACUCUGCAUAUGGUGACGUAGUGGAAGUUUUGGGAAAGAAAAAGAAAAAAAAGAAGAAAAACAAAACGGAUGACAGCUAGUUUGUUGCCAUGUUGUUUGGUGUUUUAGUUUUCUUUAUUUGUUUACUUUUGACUUUGUGUACUCACCUGGGAGCCAAUUUACAACUAAUUCACUCCGUCUUAUUGAUAGAUUGCACAACGCAAGACUUGUUUUGGCAGGACAUUGUCUUUUGAAAAAAAGAACACAUCCUGAAUCAACUGAAUAGUGACACAAAUUAUAAAGUGGAUUCAUCCCAGUGGCUUUUAAGGCCAAUGUUCCAUCGUUCUGAGCUCAGAAAGUUACACACAAAGAAUGUGUGAGGACAUGAGGACAUGGAUAAUAAGAGUGUACAUGGGGGGAAUUUCUGCCAGUGUCUGUCAACUUGUGGUAGAUGUAAUGGGAUUAUGCUCACACUGUGUUGCUGUGUUUGUGUACAUAUUUACAUAACUCAGCUAGUAACUUCAUUGGUUUGGCAGCAGGUUCAGAAAAGCAGAGCUGAUAUAAAGAGUUUUUUUUUCUCUUUUAAGGAUCUGAGUCACAUGCAUUGGAGAAACUGUGUGUGUGUGUGUGUGUGUGCGUGCAGGAGAACACAUUAGAAACUUCAAAAGUGAAUAAAUGAAAUAAAAAUGAAAAAAACAUGGUGUUUUUGUCCUGCAGUCGGCUCUUGGAAGUGUUCGAGUACAACACAGCAUUUUCCCUUUAUGCCUUGUUAGCACAGUGACUUCAUCCAGAAGGAAUGAAACUCGAACUCAUGUUGUUACUCAGACUGUGGCUUUUUUUAUUGUGCAACAACAAGAAAGUGCCCAAUUUACAGAUCGGUAGUUUUCUAAUAAUCUGACAAAAAAGUUUUCUGAAGAAGUUGUGUCAUCAAGAAGGACAAAAGUUUGUAUGAGAUAAAGUAGAGUCUGCUCUAUGUUGAAACAUUCGCGAUUGUAAAAUUGUUUUAUGGAUGAGCAGCGAUAGGAGUUUUGCAGCACGCUGUAGAUUAGGCUCUGCCCUGUGUCUCAAAGUUACGCGUUCAGAUUUAUGUGGCUUUUUAGUAAAAUAGUCACAUGAUUAAUUUCUGAUGCAAUGAAGGUUUCUCCUUGAACACAGCU